UUUUUAACAAGAGGCUUUCUGUAUUUGUUAAAUUGCCACUACGAAGCUUCGCAUAGGGUAUUGGUUGACUGUUCAGUACCGGUACCGUAUUUGGGAAAGUGGGUAGUUAUAGCUUCCCGAGACUUAGUAAAAAACGUCGCAACCAACAAUGGCAGGCGGUUUUUGGGCUCUCGCAGCUGGAUACCUCUUUGCCUACUUCAAUGCCAAGAGCAUUGAAGAACGAAAGGCUCGAAUAGAGCGGGUCAACAAACAGUUGAAGAACUUUUACGGGCCGUUGCUGUCCUGCGUAACGGCCUCGAGAUCCGCCUUCCAUGCGAUGGUCCAACAACACAGCCCGGAUGGCACAAAAGCUGCGUUCCGUGCUGCCGUAAAGGCCAACCCAGAAGGCAAAGAGGCGCGAGCGUACCGCACGUGGAUGGCGGAGGUUUUGCAACCGCUCAACGAACGUGCUGCGCAGGUGGUUACGGAACACAUUGACCUGCUGGACUCGCCUGGGCUAGAGCCGCUGCUGUUGCAGCUGGUGGCUGCAACUAGCGCCUACCGAGUCACCCUACAAAGCUGGAAGAACGGCGACUUCGGCGCCCACAGUGUUAUCAAGUACCCGGACACGAUUGCGGAUUACGUCAGCCGGGAGUUUGCGAAGAUGAAACGUCGGCAAGCAUCUCUGCUGGGUGAGGGCUCCAUGACGCUCCUCUCCAAGCUCUGAAGCCAAGAAGACGGUUUAGGGGUUGGGGUGCGAAGAAAUAGAACAAUUUGCUUACUUGGUGGUGGCAUGGGACUGUGACCCAUGGGACAUUGUACUGCUUUUGUUGAAGUUGGGUUGAGUGUGCUUGGCAGGGCAUCGGUUGCAUUUUCUGGACAGAGACAAUCCUUGACGUUGCAGAACAAUCAUCAGACUACGUUUCCAAGCAUCGCCAUCUUUGGUUGGGCCCCCCAUUUAAGGUGUGCAGGGAAAGACGCGCGGCUCUAGCCUUGGGGGUACCGGUAUCACAUGUAUUCUAUAUGGUGGUGUUGUAUGUAACAAGCUCGGACGGUUGGAAUUGAGCUCAAGUGUGCGCAUUAGCAUGGCUGCUAUCUGAGGGGAUAGCAGUAAGGUUUCAAACGUACACCUACGUGGUACGGCAUGCUACGGCUUUGAAGGCGGUUGUAUAACUAAAACCGGUUGAUGGUCCUCCUGGAAUGCUUGGGCCGUUAGGUUGGAGGCUUGGCAGCGGGAAACAGGUGGGGUGGCAGGCUGAGGGGGUUUCGUGAGUGGGAACCCGGUGCCGUUGUUGGAUGUUUGGUGUCGCCGCUGUCGCAUUUCGGGUGUGGAAGGUAGG